GAGGAAGAAAGGGAGGGAGGCGGCGUCAUGUGAUCCGCUUCCCUUCUCCUUUAAGCGUCCACAGGCGGCGGAGCGGCCACAGUCACAGCUCCGGGCAUUGGGGGAGCCCGAGCCGGCUGCGCCGGGGGAAUCCGUGCCGGCGCCUUCGGUCCGGGUCCCAUCCUCGCUGCGCUCCCGCACCCCUGAAGUUUUGCAGCGCCCAGAAAGAAGGCAAAGGAGGAGGAAGUGUGAGAGGGGAGGGAGCAAAAAGCACACCCUAAAACAUUUAUUUAUAGGAGAAAAGAAAAAGAGGGGGGGGGCGCGCAAAAAUGGCUGGGGCAAUUAUAGAAAACAUGAGUACCAAGAAGCUGUGCAUUGUUGGUGCGAUUCUGUUGGUGUUCCAAAUCAUCGCCUUUCUGGUGGGAGGCUUGAUUGCUCCAGGGCCCACAACAGCAGUAUCCUACUUGUCAGUGAAAUGUGUGGAUACCCGUAAGAACCAUCACAAGACAAAAUGGCUAAUGCCUUGGGGACCCAAUCACUGUGACAAGAUCCGAGACAUCGAGGAAGCAAUCCCAAGGGAAAUCGAAGCCAAUGACAUUGUGUUUUCUGUCCACAUUCCCCUCCCCCCCAUGGAGAUGAGUCCUUGGUUCCAGUUCAUGUUGUUUAUCCUGCAGCUGGACAUCGCCUUCAAGUUGAACAACCAAAUCAGAGAAAAUGCAGAAGUUUCAAUGGAUGUCUCUCUGGCUUACCGUGAUGAUACCCUUGCUGAAUGGACUGAAAUGGCCCAUGAAAGAGUACCACGGAAACUCAAAUGUACCUUCACAUCCCCCAAGACCCAAGAGCAUGAGGGUCGUUACUACGAGUGUGACGUCCUUCCUUUUAUGGAAAUCGGGUCAGUGGCUCAUAAGUUUUACCUUCUAAAUAUUCGGCUGCCUGUGAACGAGAAGAAGAAAAUCAACGUUGGGAUCGGAGAGAUAAAGGAUAUUCGGUUGGUGGGAAUCCACCAAAAUGGAGGCUUCACCAAGGUGUGGUUUGCCAUGAAGACCUUUCUUACUCCCAGCAUCUUCAUCGUUAUGGUGUGGUAUUGGAGGAGGAUCACCAUGAUGUCCCGACCCCCAGUGCUUCUGGAAAAAGUCAUCUUUGCCCUUGGGAUUUCCAUGACUUUUAUCAAUAUCCCAGUGGAAUGGUUUUCCAUUGGCUUUGACUGGACCUGGAUGCUGUUGUUUGGGGACAUCCGGCAAGGUAUCUUCUACGCAAUGCUUCUGUCCUUCUGGAUCAUCUUCUGUGGCGAGCACAUGAUGGAUCAGCAUGAGCGGAACCACAUUGCAGGUUAUUGGAAGCAAGUCGGACCAGUGGCUGUUGGCUCCUUUUGCCUGUUCAUAUUUGACAUGUGUGAGAGAGGAGUACAACUCACAAAUCCCUUCUACAGUAUCUGGACUACAGAUGUUGGAACAGAACUGGCUAUGGCUUUCAUUGUCGUGGCUGGCAUCUGCCUCUGCCUCUACUUUUUGUUCCUGUGUUUCAUGGUAUUUCAGGUGUUUCGGAACAUCAGUGGGAAGCAGUCCAGCCUGCCAGCCAUGAGCAAAGUCAGACGGCUACACUACGAGGGACUGAUUUUCAGAUUCAAGUUCCUCAUGCUUAUCACCUUGGCCUGUGCUGCCAUGACUGUUAUCUUCUUCAUCGUUAGUCAGGUGACAGAAGGCCAUUGGAAAUGGGGUGGCGUCACUGUCCAAGUGAACAGUGCUUUUUUCACAGGCAUCUAUGGGAUGUGGAACCUGUAUGUCUUUGCGUUGAUGUUCUUGUAUGCACCAUCCCAUAAGAACUAUGGGGAAGACCAAUCUAAUGAUGACCUGGGUGUCCACAGCGGGGAAGAACUACAGCUCACCACCACGAUCACCCAUGUGGAUGGACCCACUGAGAUCUACAAGUUGACCCGAAAGGAGGCCCAGGAGUAGGGGGCACAGGGCCUGGAUGGGACUCUUCACCCCCAACCUGUCCCACUGGAGUGGGGAGCCUACCACAGAGAGCUCCAUGUACAAAUGAAUGCCUCCUCUCUUAGCUGUGGUUUCUUGGACCAGUGACAAGCACAUUUGUCAGAUGGCUUUCUGACAGUAGCUUUUGGAAGAGGACUCCUGCAGCCACUAAUGCAUUGUGUAUGAUAACAAAAACUCUGGUAUGACACGUUUUCUGUGAUCAUUGUUAAUUAGUGACAUAGUAACAUCUGUAGCAGGCAGUUAGUAAGCCUCAUGUGUUUGGGGGUGUACUCCUUGGGGGGAUGCUUUGGGCCAGAUGGGGUCUAUAUAGAGUGGAAUAUGACUCUUUUUUUCCUGUUGUAGAUUCUGGGAUAGAUGUUAACAUUCUUUACAGUCCAAGGUAUGCUGGUGUCAUAGUCUCCUCACCCUCAUCAUGACCAUUUUUUUUUUCCUAUUUAUAUCACCAAGUAGCCUACUGAGUUAAUAUUUAAGUUGUCAAUAGAUAUGUGUCCCUAUUUUUUAUGACUUAAUAUAAAAUAACUGAAUUUCAUGAGAAGUUCUAUUGCACCAGAGGCAUUUAUUUCAGCUUUAAAACCAAAUCUGUGUAUCCAAUACUAACCAGACUGAUGGAUGUGGGUUUUGAAAAAUGUUUGCUAAACUACCCAAGUAGGAUUUAUGGUAUUAAAUGGCCUUUGGGUCCUAAAAGCUUUUUUUAACCUCUUGCUUAAAAUGUGUUUUCUUUUGAUAAGAUAUUUCAAAGAGCCUUCAAAAGUGUAGACCCAAUCAUUUAAAUAAACCUGAAUGUAUUUGCAUAUAUGUUUAUGUACACCCUCUUCCUCCUACUCAAA